AUGGCUGAAAUAACAUCAACUACUACCCAAUUUCAUUUUCCACCAGUUAACUACAAUGCUUCUUCCCAUGCUUAUCUAUUCUCAGCUUGUGAUGAUGAUAUACCCACGGUUGAUUACUCUCUACUGUUCUCUGAUAACCCUGUUCAACGAUUUCUUGCCCUAGAAAACCUUAGCCAAGCAUGCCAGGAAUAUGGCUUCUUCUAUCUGGUAAACCACACCAUCUCAGAUGAAGUGUUGGAUACUAUUCUGAAGGGGUUUUCUGAUUUCUUUGAUCCAAAAACCAUAGAUGAGAGAAAGGUCCUCCGCAAAAGUGGCCCAUCAGAUAAAAUUCGAUGGGACCUAAACGCAUCUACUGGGGAAAAUAGGGAAUAUCUCAAAGUUAUUGCACAUCCCCAGUUCCAUGCUCCUUCUAAUCCACCAGUGCUUAGCAAAAUUUUAGGAGAAUAUCACAAAGCAAUGAGGAAUAUAGUAGAAGGAUUAGCUAGAGCAGUGUCCACAACCUUAGGGUUUGAAGAAAACUACAUAGAGAAGGAGUUCAACUUGAAGUCAGGGUUUGAUGUAAUGGCUAUGAAUCUUUAUCCACCAAAUUCUAGAUCGAAGGGAGCUAUUAUCCAUGAACACCCUGACCCUGGCUUUGUUGUUACCCUAGUGCAAGAUGUAGAUGGUGGUCUCCAAAUCCUAUCCCAUCAAGGAAAGUGGAUCAAUGUUCAUAUACCCCAUCAUGCCAUACUCAUCCAACUUGGUGAUCAUCUUGAGGUCUUAACCAAUGGAAAGUAUAAGAGUCACAUCCAUCGAGUUAUUGUGAACAAUAAUAAGGUGCCAAGGAUAUCUGUGGUGACCCUUCAUGGACCUGCCUUGGAGAAAUUCAUCAGCCCCAGCGCAGAGUUUAUUGAUGAAGAACAUCCACAGAAAUACCAUGGGAUGACCUAUAAAGAAUCCUUGGAAGCAAACGGGGGCGAUGACAUCGAUGUGCAAUCCUCACUUGACAAGCUUAGAUUUAUCUAA